CAUAAGAUUUAAAAAGUUCCCGCCAUUUGCAUAUCGGUGCGUCUUCAAAAGUGAACCCUGCAAACCCUGUAGUGAUCGCCUACUUUUGCUUCCCCAAAAGUUUGGGAUUUUAAACGGCUUGAUCAGUACACACAAACGAUUCACAAAGGGCAGUUGAACUACUCCAACACAUUUGAAUUAAUCCACCACGUUACCUAGCAACCGUUGCUAUGUUCUAACGUCAAACACAAACAAAAACCCUACACUAAACGUGAAACAAAACUCUCUCAAAACAUCCACGGAAGAUAGCACGUAAACAACGCUAGUGAAGCAGUCGAAAUAGUUCAGAGCGCAAUAAUGAACGAAUCUGUGAGUGCAAAAUCGCCGAAAAAACGUCGCCCCAGACAUCGGUAUCGUCGACGAUCGUCCGGUAAAGAGAUAUCCGUUCGAGGUAAACCAACCACUUCGAAAACGUUAGCAAAGGUACCAUCUUCACCACCGGUGCAAUCCUCCUAUGAAGUGGAACGCGAACGGAAGGUUCGAAAAUCAAAACUAGAUCCCACGUUUGUCCAGGAAGAACGGGAAGUAAUAGCGUCCCUCGAGCGUUUAAAUAUGGCGUCCGAAGUCAACGGUGUGAACUCCAAGCCAUUGCUACACGAGAUUGAUAGGGCGAUUCUUUUUUUCACUGAUACACUACCGGACGAAGAAUUCUUCGAUGCGGAAGACACGGAGUCAGCUGGUGCUCUUCCGAUUGAAUCGAAUGCCGAAGAAGCGUACAAGAAAACACCUUCGGCCCGUUCAUCGUCUUCCAAUGAGGCGGACACUCCUACCCAUCUUGCAUCGUCAUACUUCAACACGGAAGAAGGGACAACCGUGAUCAUACCUUGGAAAACACGAAGAUACAGCUUUUGCGAUGAGGAGCUACUGUACUAUCAGCCAGCGCGUACGUUGCCCGAAUCCCGUGCGGUACUAGAGGAGAUAUGUGUCAUCGAUUCAAACGAUUCGGCACCGGUUGAGCAGGGCGGAAAAGAACAUCCUGCGCCCAUGGGCGAUAAGCCGUGCGUCAGUUUGGCCAACAAGAAUCGGCUGAUGAAUCGUCUGCUCGAGGAAGAACAGGAGGAAUGGUUCGAUGCAAGCGGAGAAAUGGUCGAUUUCCGGUGCUUUCUCGAAAGCAAAACACGUGUGCGUGGUUAUUGCAGUAAAACGUUUAUUCCUUUUUUCGUGGAACCGAUACCGCUUGCCAAAACGCUGGACCGUUUACCGAUGGAACGUACGGUGAAAAUUCUGAUCGGAAGGGUCCGUUUCGAUGCGCAUCCUUCUUUUGAGGAAGUGGUGCGACUGCGUUUACGUUUGGAGGAACUGUACAAACAGUAUUAUCGCGUGAGAAAGCUAAAUCGGAAGGAAGCAUUACAGACGAAACUGAACGAACUUCGAACACACGGUACCGGAGAGUUGCAUGAACAGGACGAACCGAUCGAUUCGUUUCAAAUCAAAAUGGCACGUCGAGAGUAUAGAAAUCUCGUCUAUCAAGAGAUACGUACGGAGCGUCUACUAGCGAAACAACUUCUGGAACUUUGGGAAGAGAUAAAGGAAAAGCACCAAGGGGAAUGUGGAUUGAAGAUGUCGGUUAAUAGCCAAGACACGGACGAGGAACGUGAUGGUAGCGAAUGGCAGGAACGGUAUGAGCUGGAGCUGAAAGAAACGCUCGAAGAAGAGCAGGAGCUAUAUCUUCGCGAUAAGCACGAGUACAAAGCGUAUCUGCGUGAUCUGGCACUCGAACAGCAACCGGACACGUCGGAUUCAGCACCAACGUUGCAGAAGCCUAGAAAACCGGACACGUCGAGGCUUAAAAAAGAGUUCAAAACACUGUUCGAUGAGACUUUCCGUGCUCCUGGGGAACCUCCGGUACAUAUUGUUUUGCGGCGCGAUCCAGAUGGUGCCCGAACGGGAGAUCAAAGCGGACACCUAUCCGGACGGGAGUUAUUGUUUAAGCUGAAACUGUUCAUUGACGGGAAUCACGUAGCAUCGACUAAGGCACGCCACUUUCAGUUGGAUGAUCGUACGAUGAUCGAUUUCAAUACCUCCUUUUCCAUCAAGCUGACGACGAAGAUCCCCGACACGAUCGCACUGCAUCUGUACGAGAAGAAUCGAAUGAUGCUGAAAAGCAUGCGGGCGGAGAUUUUUCUUCCCCUGCCCGCUACUGGGGAGCUGUAUGAGGAUGUGGACUCUGUGGACUAUCAGUUUUCGUCUGGUAAGCCGUACCAGGCGCAAAGUUAUACGAAUGGUACGGUUGAACUGAGAAUUGGUUGGUUGGAACCAUCGGAUGGAACCUUUCCGAGUCCCAGUCAACGUCGCACACUACCAAAGCGAGUUGUUGUGCCGAAGGAAUUGUUACGCCGUUGGAUCGACGAUCGUGCUUUGGAAACGGAGGACGAACCCGAUGCCGACAGGGAGGCAGAUUUGCUGCGGGUAUUGAGAGAUGAUGGUACACAGGACCGCAGCCGACGCCCGUCGAAAGAAUCUAUCCCGCUGGAAUCGGAUGAAUCUGAGUUUCAUUUCAACGAAGAUAAGCUUGCGUUCUGUACCGCUGAGACAAUAGAACAAAACGAACGGCUUAUACUGCUAAGUAAACGGUUCCAGCGAAGUCUUAAAUAUAGGGACGCUAAAUUCAUUCCUCAAACUGAACGUGAACUAGCGAUCGCGGUUUCCUCCAAAGAGGACGAAGAGCAGAUGAAAAUCAUCGAUGAAACGCUCGGUACGGAUCCGAUCGAUUUACAGCGACACCGUGGCAAGCGAUACCUGCAGAAGGUGUACGACAUCAUCAGCAAUCACUGUCGGGUGCUGAACCAGGACAAGAUGAACAAUGCCAAUCUGUUGGUCGGUGGCGAUCAGGUACCAUCGUUCGGAUCGCUUAGCUUAGCUUUCCUGGAGAUAUUCGGUCCACGGCGUCCACUGAAACCGUCCCGCCGGUCGCCCAACAGCCGGGCAUCGGUACGGGUGAGCGAUGUGACACGGUUCAAGAUUAUUGUUACGAUCGUUCGUGCGUUUGGUAUACCGAUGCGUAUGGAGGACUAUCAGAGCGGAUCGAUUGGUCGGCGGAAUAGCAACAUGUCCUCAUCGAAUGGGCGAUUUUCUUUUCGUACAUCUAACGUACGACCGUACAUAGCGGUAUCGUUGAAGGAUCGCAUUUUCCGUACCUCAACGGCUGAUGGUACGGCACCGACAUGGAAUGAACAGCUGGAGGUACCGCUGGAUUGUAGUACCGAUCAGAUACGGAAGCAUUUGCACAUCGAUCUGUACGACGAGUACAUGGAAGAUCUGCUGGAGGAUGACCGAACCCGACCGACCGAGGUGUACCAGCGCAUUUCUAGUCGAUGGCUAGGUCAGUUACGCAUCCCAAUCAGUACGAUCUAUCUGAACCAAAGGCUGGAAGGAACGUUUGAGAUAAAGACUCCGCCGAUUUUAUUUGGUUACGAUCGUCAAAUGCAGGAUCAUCAAGCAGGAGAAAUUGUGGAUAGUUAUGGCAACCCAAUAGGGCUUAUUGGCAGUGGAACCGGUAGCAGUUUGCCGGAUAUGCGUGAAUUAACACACGUGACGCUAUUCAUCAGUCUGGAACCAUUGAUCGAACGACCGACGCUCGAUACGGGCAGCUUGGAGUGUGUAGAGCUGGAAAGGAUUAAGUCUCGUAUCUACCUGUGGUAUGAGGAGUACCGACAUGAGUUCCCAUCGCGUGCUAUUGUCCCACCGAUGGUAACCUUGCUGGGAGGUAAACGAAUCUGUGCUACGCGUCUACUUGGCCCAUUGCCAAUACCGUUUCCGAUCGACGAGCUUACCGAAACCAUGAUCCGGCGGUAUGUUUCGCUUAUUCCCAUCCACUACAGCGUGGAUCCAUGUUCGCAGCUGAACGGGAUAUGGCUCACUAACAAGGAAAUUCUUACGAUGAUGUGUGGUUCACCGAAGGAUAUGGGUGUUUUGCUGGCCUGUUUCUACCUGCAGCUAGGCUACGAGGUUUGGCUCAUCUUUGGCAAUAGUGUCCUGAUGGGUGACACAACCUUUGUGCUGCUGCUAGAGGGAGGAGAAUUUUUUAUCGUCGAUCCUUGCAGUGGCAAAAAGUAUAGCUCCACCGACACUUACUGUCCAUUGAAUCGGAUCUACCUGAUUGUGGGACAGGAUAAUAUUUGGGGUAACAUUCAGAAGGAGAAUCGUGUGUUUCUUACGCAGCUUGAUGUGCGCAAAUCCGGAUACUGGCGUACGUUGUUUAAUCGCUUCCAUGAACCACCCGCUGGAUGUGUGCAGGAGGUAUCCUUUCCCUUUAGGGAGGCAUUACCUGCGAAAGAGCUGCAGCGUGCAAUUGAGCGGAAGCUAAUGCGAAAGAUCGCAUCAUGGCGUACGCACCGAAAAACGGUUUGGAAUCGCUUCAUCAGUGACCAUCUUCGAAGCACCCUGAUAAGCCUGGAGCGGGAUACUUGCUUGGAGACGAAUACGGAACGGCAUGGUGAGACGUUUAGUCAAAUGUUCAUAUCGUAUAAGGUGCAUGGGUUCCCUAUCAAUUUACCGUACAAUAAUUUAUCCACAAUUGUGGCCCAUGUGAAGGGUACGGGGAUACAUCUGAACUCGGAAGCUACGGUGGAAUUUGGGCUUGGCGUUUACAUCAAAGAUUAUCCGUGCAAUGUUUAUUCGGUUUGGAUAUUUCUUAUGUCGCUUGUACCGAGGGUUUAGCAUUUUUUGAAUGUGUGUUCAUACUUACAUACCUUUUUUUCGUUUCUCGGCCGCUAUAAUAUCGCUAUGUGGAUGCUUAACAGAAGGGUCUACAAGAAAUGUUUGUCCACGAUCAUCUUGUUCCACCGCAGGCUAAUUCUCUCUCGUCUGAUCUAUUUUUGUAGUCGAUCUAUCAGUACUUAUAAACUGGGUUGUCUUCAGUUCAGAUGUCUGACUUUUCUCAUGACGUGAAUAGUCCACCAGAACUUGAUCGCACAACCGCAAUAACUGGAUGUUCUGAGUCUUGUAGUAUAAAUAAUGAUACCCAACGGAAAAAAGGGCGAAUGCAGUCCUCAGAUUUCUAAGUACCAGAACAUAAGCAGCAAAAAACCCAACCAUGUCUUUCCUUUUUAGACUAUUGAAUAGCGUUUAGUGAAUAUAACUUUCCAAAAGAAUUUCCAAAAACCAAACGCUAACGAA